AUGUAUCAUACACAACAGCCGUUUGUUCGACAAAGGACAUCAUCGACUUCUUCUACUUGCACUACGCUUUCAUCCACCCCAUCAUCUUCAACUGUAACAGCCAUGGCAUCCAUCAAAUCAUCGAGCAAGCGACAUGGAGAGAAUGUGCAAGUGACAGUGCGCUGUAGACCACCAAACCAGAACGAGCACGGCUCGUGCUGGGAUGUACAGCAGUCGAAAAUUGUUUCAACAGAUCACAGACUAAAGAAACAGCAUGAAUUUCAAUUUGAUCAUGUAUUAUACGGCAGCGAUAAUGAGAUUCUAUAUGCAAAGAGUAUCAGCAAUCUUAUCAACCAGGCAAUGGAGGGAUAUAACGCCACUGUGUUUGCCUAUGGUCAAACUGCAAGUGGAAAAACAUUUGUAAGUAAUUUGGCUUGUCAUACGAUGUUUUCCUUAUUAAAAUGGCCUGUGAUUGUAGACCAUGGUAGCGAGGCAGAACCAGGUGUGAUACCCUGCUCGGUUGAUAAUGUGUUUGAUUUCAUCAAAAAGGCCAUCACAAGAGAGUUCCUCCUAAGAGUUUCGUACCUGGAAAUCUAUAACGAGACUAUCAAGGAUUUACUCAACCCGUCCAAUGACAACCUAAAGAUCCAUCAAGACAAGAUUCGUGGUGUUUAUGUUACGCCUCUCACAGAAGAAGUGGUAACCAGCCCUGAAGAUGUAUUGCGCAUUAUUGAACGAGGAGAAGCAAAUCGGCACAUUAGCUCAACAGAUUACAAUCUACACAGCAGUCGUAGUCAUACAUUGUUUCAAAUGGUCAUUGAGAGUAGAGAACGAAGUAGCACAAGCACAUCGCUUGCAUCGCAUAGAAGAACACUGACAUCAACGGGCUACGGACAUUAUGCUGCCAGAUCCAAGGAGACAGUAAGGAUAUCGCAACUUAAUCUCAUUGAUUUAGCUGGUUCAGAAAAAGCAGCGUCAGAUCAAGACCGUCGUAAAGAAGGCUCCUAUAUCAACAAAAGUCUACUGACACUGGGCACAGUGAUCUCCAAGCUCACCGAUCCCAAUACUGGCAAAAGCCCAAGCCAUAUACCCUACCGAGAUUCCAAACUCACCCGCAUCCUUCAGACUGCACUUUCAGGCCUUGCAAAGGUAGCUGUCAUUUGCACCAUCAGCCCCAGCAACAUGGAAGAAUCCCUCAACACACUCAAAUUUGCUUCUCGUGUCAAACGUAUCACAACACACGCCAAAAACGACGAGGUCAUGGAUGAUAAAGCCCUGCUUCAGAAAUACCGCAGCGAAAUUGUGGAACUUAAGAGCAAAUUACAAUCAACUGCCGAAUUGUUACAAAAGGAAAAGGAAUCCGCUCUCAUUGCCGAACGUAGAGACCACGACCAACAGAUGAAACUCAUGCGAAAUACGCGUAACGCAAUGAAGGAAAGAAUUGAUCACCUUACUCGAUUGAUCCUGACAUCAUCUUCCGUGGUGAACAAUGAUCCAGCUAGUGCAACAGCGAGUUUGCAACAACAGUUGCAUGAUGUGCAGAAUGGAUUGCCUUCACCUCCAGCUGAUAGCGAAUGCAAGAAUAGCAAUGCUAGUGGAUUGGUUUCUACGGGUGGAAGCACAAGUCAACAACAAGAAAUUCUCGAGCUACGAAAACUGCUUUCAAAAGUGACUAGAGAAUCAAAUGAAAAGGAUCAACACAUUCUGGCAUUAGAGGAGCAGUUAGGACAACAGACAGCCAUCAAUGCACAGUUGGAGACAGAGCUGAGUGUCAUGAAAGCUGAAUUGGAGCUCACCAAGCAGCUGCAGGCCAACGAAGGAGGCGAUGAAAAAAGUGCUUGCAGCCCAGUAUGA